UGUUGAAAGGCUCUUUGAUUUUGUUUUUAAAAAUUACUUUUGGAAAAUUAAAUUUUAUUUUAAUAUUUUUAAUACCUGUACAAAAUUUUUAUCUCAUUUAAAAUAUGUGAGUUUUUGAUUAGAGAAAACGGACUUUUGUUAGAGCAAUCUUAAAUCUCAAUUUUGUAUGAAAUAAUGUUUUUAACAUAUUAAAGUUUGGAAAUAGUUGAAGCCAUAAACAACAAAGGAACUAAAGUGAAAUAAAAAUUAUGAUAUUACAGGCAGCACUUGUUGAAGUACGGGAAAAUAUAUACUGUGCAAAUAUAUUUUUAAAAUUCGAUGCAGACAUUAGCUCACUAAAAAAAACAUUCAAAAUAUCUUUGGAUAAAAAUUGUGUAUUAAUAAAAAAUGAUGUGGAAAUUAUAUUUACUUUAAUAUUGGAUGACAUAGAAUUGAACGCUGAGUCCUUAAGUAAUUUAAUUAUAAGCAAUAGUCAAUUGAGUUUUCGAAUAUCAUUAAAGAAUAUUCAAGAAGCAAAAUCGAUCCAAAAUGAUGAUACUCAACAAAACAAAACCGCAAAAAAGAAUCUAAAAUUACUCAUCGAGCCAGGUUGCAAAUACAAAUUAGUUUGUAAUUCUUGUGAAAAUGUAGUACAUCCAGUAUCUAGCUUUGAACGUAUUUUAAGUUUUCCAUCAAACUACCAAAAUGUUAAUGAAUUUUUUUGUCAUAAUGGACCUGACGUUGUACAAUUAAAUGAGAAAAUGGUUCCAAAUCAAAAUGAUCUAUUUUACGGAUUGUUUUUUAUUAUAAUAAAUUUAAAGAAUUUUUGUAAUAUUAAAGAAACAAAGGCUAAUGAAGUUCGUUGCAAACGCUGCUUAUAUCAAAUAGGAGAUAUUAUAUUAAAUUAUAAAGCUGUUAAAUUAUGGAAUGAUAGCAUUAAGUUAGUAAAUUGUUCAAAUAAUACUACGUCUACUUUAUUUAAUAUAACAAACGAUUCACAAAUAUGUUACCAAAUCAUAGAAAGUAUUUUAAAAGAUUAUGAGUUAUCUGAUUUUAAUAAUAGAAAUCAAUAUUUUCAAUUUACAAAAAUUGUAUUACUAGCAAAAUUAGCUGAUAAAAAACAAUUUUUAAUGCUUAACAUUAUUGAAAAAAAUUUAAAUAUUUAUAAGAAAGAUGAAAAUUUUAUCAACAGAAUGAUACCAGGUCAGAGUUAUAAAUUAUUUUUUAAAAUAGAAAAUAAUGAAAAUCAGGCUCUAUUACGAUUUUGGUUAAACGAUAUCAAUGUCCAUUGUUUGGAUAUAUCAUUUAGUUUAUUUUGUAAAUUCGUAAAUAUUUUAACAAACAAUUCAGAAUUAUUUCCAGAAAUAUUUCGCAAUAGUCAAAAUGAUUUUUUAAUGAGUUUCGUAGCAAAUUUAUAGUUUUUUUCUUUAAACUGAUUAAGUAACAUUAAUAAAAAAUAUAUUUUACUUUUAAAUUGCACAAUAUAAAUACAUAAAAACAAAGGAAAAUAUUGUUCAUGAUACUUAUUAUUUUUUGAUGAAAAAAAAAGUUAAAAUAUA